AUGGUGUUGCUGGGCGAGGAGGCGGGAUUGGAGCUGGACGGCCUGGUGCAGCAAGCCGAGGCGGUGCGGGUGCUGGACGGCCUGGAGCGGGCCGGCGGCGUGGCGCCCGACCGCCUCGCGGCGGCGCGCUGCGCCUAUGCGCCCCUGCAGCGCGCCGCGCUGCGCGCCCUGUCCGACCUGGCCGGCCUGCAGCACCGCAUGGGCCAGCUGCUGGCGCAGCUGCAGCAGGUGCAGGUGCAGGGGGAGGUGGUGAGGCAUGGCUUCACAGACCCCGUUCAGAUCCUGGACAAGUUUCGGGAGGACAGGGACCGCGCUCGCCUGGAGGCCGCCAAGGCCGCCGACAGCGAGGAGGCGGCGGCACGGCAGGCCGAGGCCCUGCAGCAGCGCCUGGCGCUGCUGACCGGCAAGCUGAGCGAGGCGGAGGAUGAGCGGCGCGCUGAGCUGGCGCCCGACAUCCACGCCGCCAAGGAAGACAUGGCGCUGCUGCGCAGCCAGCUGGAGACGGAGCGGGACAAGGCGGCGGCAGCAGGGCGGGAGGCAGCCGACAUCGCCGCCAAGUUGGAGGCGAUCCAGCUUGAGGUGGAGGGUCUGAGGCUGGCGCUGGGGGAGGAGCAGGAGGUGGCGGCGCAGCUGCGCACGCACGAGGCGGCGGAGCAGGCGGUGCUGCUGGAGUCCCGGGACCUGGUGCAGCAGCACGCCGCCGCCGUCAAGGCGGCCGACCGGCAGCGCAACCGGGCGGCAGUGCGGGAGCGGGAGGUGGAGGAGGUGGCGCGCGACAUCGAGAUGGCCAAGGUGGAGGCGGAGAAGCUGCUGGCGGACCAGGUCACCUGGGACAUAGAGGUGGAGAAGAAGCAGGCGGAGGCCAAGCGCGAGGCGGAUGCGGUCAAGUGGGAGCAGCGGGGGCGGGGCGUGGUGCAGCGGCGGCUCAACCGUGCGGAGCUGGCGGUGAAGGAGGCGCAGGAGGCGCUGCCGGGGCUGGCCAACGCCGUGCACAACAUGCGGUCGCAGCUGGGGGGAGAGCAGCGGGCGCAGGCGCGCGAGGCGGAGGCCACGCGCCAGCUGGCGGGCGAGCUGGCGGAGCUGGUGGAGGUGGUGGCAGCCGAGAGGAAGCUGACCGAGGUGCAGGCGGCGCUGGUGAAGGCCAGCAUGGCCGACGUGCGGCAGCGGGACGAGGAGUGCGCGGCGGUGAAGGAGGCGGCGGCGGAGCGGGACACGGCGAUACGGGCGGCCACCUCGCGGCGGGACGCCGCCGCCCGCUUCCUCAACCAGCGCCUGCAGCGGCUGGGCGAGGUGAUUGACGAGGCGGAAGCCAAGGAUGGGGAGGAGCUGGAGCGGCUGACGGAGGGGCUGGUGGAGCAGGCGUGCGCGGCGCGCCACCCCGCGCUGGACGUCGGCCUGCGCAUGAACGAGGCGCGGCGGGGGCAGCAGCAGCUGACGCGCCGCAUGAUGGCCGCCGUGAGCGAGCUGUCGCUGUACCAGGCGCUGUCCCUCAAGUGCGCCGCCGACAGGGAUGCGCUGCGCUCUGAGCUGGCGGCGGCGCAGGUCAACGUGGCGUCGGGGCGGCCGCCCACCGCGGGCGCAGACCAGGAAUUUGAGCGUAUGGAGCGGGACCGUGCGGAGGAGGCGGAGGUGCGGGCGCAGGCCGCCGAGCUGCGCCAGCUCAAGGCGGCCGGCCUGCUGGGGGCGGUGCGCUCCUGCGCCUCGCCCCGGCCCCAGGCCUACAUCCCGGAAGAGCUGGGCGUGCCCAAGCCCUUCCCGGCAGCCUUCAGGCCCUUCAAGCCCACAGAACCGCCAGCCGCGGUGGCCGCGACGCAGCACAAGGCGGCAGCGGCGGCGGCGCAGCGGGCAGUGGCGCGGCAGGAGCUGGGCGGCGGCGGUGAGGCGGCGGGGCUCAGCCCUGGCGCGUGCCGAGUCGCCUGCCCCGGCAGCGCCAGCCCCGGCGGCGGCGACGGUGCGGUGCCUCUGGUGGCGGGAGUGGCCGUGGCGUGA